AUGUGGCGGUCUGGAGGUGGCCUGGGGAAAGGAUUCGGCGGAAGCGCCACCGGAAAUCCGGAGGGGUUCAAUUGUCCGGCUUGCGGGCGCGUCUACAAGCUGAAGAGCAGCCUGAGGAACCACCAGAAGUGGGAGUGCGGAAAGGAGCCUCAGUUCCAGUGUCCCCACUGCGUCUACCGCGCCAAGCAGAAGAUGCACAUCGCGAGGCACAUGGAGCGGAUGCACAAGGAGAAGAUCUUCAAGCAGGAGCUCGUCUAG